AUGAGCACGAAAGGAUGGUGUUCUUGUGGUGGUGUACCUCUGCAAACAUUAUUUGGCGGAAGCGCUGCCGACAUCGAUGACAAUGACACAGAUACCGUCAACAACUCUUCAGAUGCGUCCGGCUACGAUCCAAUCAAGUUUGAGCGGCGAUCAGAAGAGGCGAUUGCUAAGAUGAUUAAUAAUUGGAACUCGAUGCUCAAACCGCGGAUAUCGGAUUUGUGGCCGACCAUGGGAGAAAAUCCGGACCUGCGGGACGUCCUCAGACAGUUGUUGACUAACACUGAUUCUCGAGACAACCCUUUGGCGGUGGAGCCAUACUGCGUCCUCUGGUACGGUGACGUUGGCAUCGAGGACGGCGCGGCGGUCCUGCGUGUGAAGGAAGGCGGAGAGACGCGACUGAGUUACGUCACUCGCAUUCUCGCCUACAUCUUUGCCAGCAACGAAACGUUCGAGUUGCUACUCAAGAGCGACACCCAAGGAGGACCUCUCCCUAUGAGCUGCGACAAUGUUCGCUGCGUCAACCUAAGCCACUGCCUCAUACCGCAGUAA